UAUCUCUGUUUAUUGUUUAUCAGUGUUUAUCUGUGUUUAGUGUUUAUCAGUGUUUAGUGUUAAUGUUAAAAACCGGAAAUGGACCAAAAAACGGAAACGAAAAAAAAGGAAUUUGAACAAAAAAUGAGAAUUUUAAAGUUUAAAAAACCGGAAUCAGACAAACAGAAAGAGGAAAUUGAUAAACAAAAUGAGGAUUAAAAGUUUCAAAAAACCGGAAACGGGCAUUUUUAAAGCAUAAAAAGGACCAAAAAAACGCAAAAGUUCUCAUUUCAGUUCACAAAAAACCGGAAACGGAUAAAAAACGGAAACUCAGUAAAAAGAGGAAACCUAUCAACAAAAUGAGAUUUUAAAAGUUUUUUAAAAACGGAAACGAUAAAAAAAUGUGCGGAAAUGGAUCAAAAAAGGGGAAACCGAUCAAAUAUAAAUAUUGGGAAACGGAUAAAAAAUAUCCGAAAAUCCCUAGAAUUUUAAGGGAUGAUUGAAAUUAACCCUCAUAUAGUUGAAAAAGGAAGCAAAGUGAGAGACAAACCAACGGCACAAAUGGAAAAAGUUAGUCGUAGAUAUGAAAAUUGAUAAUCUAUAUAAUAAAGGUCUUCGCUUAUAUAGAUAUAUUUGUAUGUUAGCUUUAUCUGGUUAAACGGCUGAAACGAAAGGGCUGACAUUUUUUGAGGAAACCCAUGGGUAGCCGGGGGCUAAAAAAUUCAAGGUUUUUUUUAAAUCGAAGUUUUUUUCUUCAAAAAUAAUUUUUUUAAUUGGAUUCCAAGGGCAAUAUUGGGCACCUAAACUGUAGUAAAUGAUCGAUUAAUUAUCAUUCCAUAGAAAUCAAGCCACCAUCAAAAAUGAUUAUAAUUAUAGGGACGAAAAUGAAAUAACUUAUAUACAUUUCAAAUAUUGAUGAUGCUUCUGAACUAUUUUUUGCUCUGUCCUUUUCCCGGUCUUUUGUUUGUUAGUUUGAAAUGUUUUUUUUUUUUUACUUUUUAUUGAUUAAUGUCGGUGUCAUGAUUUUUUUUCGGUCUCAAGUGUUAAAUUUCAAAGUUGUAUCUCAGAAAUUCUAAACGGUAUUCAUUCAUUUACGCGUUGAUAUCACCAAUGUUGCUGUGAUAUACCCAGGGUAGCUCAAGAUUAGACCCGGGGCUAACCCUAAUCCAGAUGAAGAGAUCUAAUGCCCAGGGUUUUUGCUGUGUAUGCUGUAUGAUGAGAUAUAUUCAGGAUUUCAUCAGACUAUAGUUCUCAUCACUUCUCCUUGGGGCAUUUGUAAUAUAAUGUGCUACCAAGAGCAAUACAAUCUUUAUUAUCUAUGUUUCGUUAUCUAUUUUAUCUAUGUUCAUGUUAACCCUGACCGGCCAUUUUCUCAUUCAUUAAAUAUAAAGUUUCAGAAAGAAUGGAUAAACUUUAAGACGGAAAAAAAGAUGGGAAAAAAAGAUUAAAGAAGAGAUUCGGGAAGAGGUUGAACAAGAACUUCUUCCAACCUCUACUGAAGAUACUGAAGAUACUGAAGAGGAUACAUGUUCUGAUGAAGAUGUGAAAAUUGAAAGUCAUUUUUUCAUCCUCAAAAAUCCUACAAGAGAUGAAAGCUGAAAAUUUCAAGAUGGAAAUUGACAUAGAGGAGACUGGUAUCAAAGAAGAGAAUGAGGAAGAAAUCCUUCCAUCCUCUACUGUAGAGGAAACAUGUACUCUGUACAUAAAAGAAGAAGAUGUUAAGACUGAAUCUAAAGAUGAACCCAUGAACAAUGAAGAAGAUCCUCUCCGAUUUGAUUCAAAAAUAAUCACGAAGAGUAAUUUUGAAGAAAGAAACUUCCCUUGUGAUUUAUGUGAUUACGUUGCAAUAUCCUCAAAUAGUCUUAAAAAGCACAUCGAAAGUAAACAUGAAAGCAUGAGAUAUCCUUGUGAUAAAUGUGACUACACUGCAUCUAGAGUGAGUGAUCUAAAAAAGCAUGAUAAAAUAAAACAUGAAGUAGUGAAAUAUCCCUGUGGCGAAUGUGAGUUUAGCGCAGCUACAAAAGUGGGCCUAAUAAAACAUUCUGAGAGGAAACAUAAAGGGAUUAGAUAUCCUUGUGUUCAAUGUGACUUCACUGCAACUUUUGCUUCUGGCCUCAAGGAACAUACUAAGAGUAAACAUGAAGGAGUAAGAUUUCCUUGUGAUAAAUGUGAGUACUCCGCAACUACAGCAAGAUAUCUUAAAAAGCAUAUGAAGAGUAAGCAUGAUGGAGUGAGAUAUCCUUGCGAUAAAUGUGAAUUUGCUUCAACCAGGCAAAGUUUUCUCAAAGAGCACAUUAAGAUUAAGCACGAAGGAGUAAGACAUCCUUGUGAUAAAUGUGAGCACUCUGCAACCACCCUAAGCCAUCUGAGAGAACAUAUUAAGAAAGUACAUGAAAAACUGAGAUAUCCUUGCGAUAAAUGUGAAUUUGCUUCAACUAGACAAAGUCUCCUCAAAGAGCACAUUAAGAUUAAACACGAAGGUGUGAGAUAUCUUUGUGAUUUAUGUGAUUACGCAGCAAUUUCUAUAAUAAAUCUUAAAAAACAUAUUGAAAGUGAACACGAAGGCGUGAGUUAUCCUUGUGAUAAAUGUAAGUACACAGCAACAUGCACUAAAACUCUAAAUAGUCAUAUAAAGAUUAAACAUGAAGGAGUGAGAUAUCCUUGUGAUAAAUGUGAGUACGCUGCAACAACUCGAACUCAUCUUAAAAGACAUAUUGGAAGAAAACACGAUGGAAUAAGAUAUCCCUGUAAUAAAUGUGAGUACACUGCUAGUGCAAUAAGUGAUCUUAAAUUUCAUAUCAAGAAUAUACAUGAAGGAGUAAGAUAUUCCUGUGUGAUGUGUGAGUACGUUGCAAAGACAGCAAGUGACCUUAAAAGGCAUGUUGAAAGUAAACAUGAAGGAGUGAGAUAUCCCUGUGAAAAGUGUGAUUAUGUUGCAACUACGAAAAAAUGCCUUAAGAUACACAUCCAGGGUAAACAUGAAGGAUUAAGGUAUCACUGUGAUAAAUGUAAUUUCACUGCUGCAACGAAAGGUAAUUUAAGAACACAUAUUAAGAUUAAUCACGAAGGUGUGAGGCAUCAUGGUGAUAAAUGUGAGUUCACAGCGAAAACGUUAGGGAGUCUUAUAACACAUUUAAAGAGUAAACACGAAUAAGUGAGAUAUCCCUGUGAUAGAUGUGAAAACAAACAAACUAGUGCAAUUUUCAUUGGUGGAUUUGGUUCAACCAGUCAUGACGCAUUUUUACCCAUCUGGAAGCAAUCGAAAAUUUGAUAAAUAUUGAGUUUCCUGGUGUUUCAUGGCAAAGCACUGGCGCAUUUCUAAUUUGAAAUUUAAUUUUUUACAACAUUGUUUUAUUUAUUGUUUUAUUUUAAUCCUCUGCGGAUUGGAUGAAAGAAAACCAAGAAGAGGAAACUAGAUGGAGUGAGAUAUCCAUGCGAUAAAUGUGAAUAUGCUACACCUUUCGCACAUAGUCCCAAAGAAAAUAUUGCGACUAUACAUGAAGGAGUGCGAUAUCCUUUUGACAAAUGUGGGCAUUCUGCAACUACAGCAAUUAAUUUAAGAACUCAUAUUGAGAGGUUUCUUGAGGGAGUGAGAUAUCCGUGUGAUAUAAUGCGAUUUCGAUUUAACUCGAGCUUAUGGUCUAAAACUUCAUAUUGAGAAUAAACAUAAAGGAGUAAGAUAUACUUAUGUUAAAUGUGAGUAUCCUGCAACUACACCAAGAUGUCUAAAAAGGCAUAUUGAGAGUAAACAUAAAGGAAUUAAAAGACAUCCUUGUGAUCAAUAAUAUUCUGCAAAUAAAGCAUCCCGGUUAAGGAAACAUAUGUGGAGUAAACACUAAGUUAAUAUCUACGGCCCCUAGAUAAAAUAUUGUAUCUAGGCGACGGCCACAUGCUAUUUAAAAAUAAUGCUGUAUUGAAAAAAGUUUAUUAUUGUUCAACAAUUUUAUUCUAUUUCUUUUGCAGA